CACAGUGCAAAGAAAAAGUAAAAGAGACUAAAUCUGUGGUGUGGUGUUGUUGGUUUCUUCUGCUACUCCUCACAACACAAACCAACCAUUUCUGUUUCAACAACAACAUCAAAAGGUAAAUGUAAAUCACCACCUCUUCAACUUUCCUUUCUUUUCUCUCUGUUUCCCUAGAAAAUCUCUCUUCAACAGACCAACCAACAUCAAAGUUAUUAUUUUUAAAGGGUAGUGAUUUUUGUUUGAGAAAUUGCAAAGAUGAAUGAUGGAAGACAAAUGGGGGUGCAUUACAUGGAUGGUGGUGGUUUUCCUUAUGCUGUGAAUGAAAACUUUGUGGAUUUCUUUCAAGGGAUUAAUCAUGUGCCUGUCAAUUAUGCCUUUCCUGGUUCAAUGCCUGAUCAGGAAAGUGUCUACUGGUCAAUGAACAUGAGUCCUUAUAAGUUUGGAAUGUCUGGCCCUGGAAGUACAUCUUAUUAUAAUUCGUACGAGUUAAAUGAUAAUUUGCCAAGAAUGGAGAACAAUAGGGUUGAAUGGGAAUACCCGUCUGAAGUAAUCUCUGAGGAACCGGCUACAUCGGAUUCUCCGCCAAGAAGAGACGGAGUUAACAUGCAGACUAUCCCUGAAGAAUGUAGUCCCAAUCAUCAAGAGUCGAGUAGUAGCCAGGUUGAGGUCAUAUGGCAAGACAACAUUGAUCCUGACAAUAUGACUUAUGAGUCACAGGAACUACUGGACCUAGGGGAGGCAGUUGGAACUCAAAGCCGAGGUCUUCCCCAAGAACUUAUUGAUACGCUUCCAACCUCGAAGUACAAAUUUGGUAGCUUAUUCAAAAGAAAAAAUUCUGGGAAAAGGUGUGUAGUUUGCCAGAUGACAUACAGAAGAGGUGACCAGCAAAUGAAAUUGCCAUGCAGUCAUGUUUAUCAUGGUGAAUGCAUUACCAAAUGGCUUAGCAUUAACAAGAAAUGUCCUGUUUGCAACACUGAGGUUUUUGGCGAGGAAUCAACGCAGUAGCAUCGGCAUGGUGAAAAGGAGCUCUCUUGCUCUUUUAAUUUUUGCUCCCUAUCAAUCUCUCUCUCCCUCCCUCCCCCCUUAUUUAGUUUUAAUUUCUUACACGUAGGUAGGUGUAGUAUGAAAGACUGCGACACUUCUCACAUGAUACAUGUUUUGUUUGAUAGAAACUAGCCAGCAACCUAAGAAUGGUUAAUGUGUGAUAUUCUCUUAGAUGUGUCUACUACCUUUGGUUUAGAAAGAUGAUAGAUAUGGUGUUGGGAUUUUGGAAUGAAAAAUCUUAUGAGCAUGCAUAUGAUGAAUUGAAAAAUGAAAUAUGUAUGUAACAGGGGUGAUUUUAGUGUUUGUUAUCAACUGGACCAUGAUGCUGCUUAGGCAUUUCUCAA